AUGGAUGUUGAUAGCAGCCAGAAGAAUGUUGAUCGCCUGGCGCGAAUUCGCGAAAAUCAACGUAAAAGUCGAGCGCGGAAGCAGGAAUACGUUCGGGAACUGGAGCAGCGUCUCUCGUCCUACAAGAAUGAAGCUCAGCAAAAGGAUAUCCAACACCGUCUCGCCACGCAGAGAUUGGAAGCGGAAAACCGUCAACUACGGGCGCUGCUCGGCUCUCUCGGUAUCUCGGGAGAAUUGGUUCAACAAUACCUCCAGCUCGCGCAUCAAGGCGCCGCCGUCAACCAAAAGGUUGCCAUCCCUGCGAUGCAGCGGCCGACCGAGUCACGCGCCUUCUCACCGUCGGUGCGCUCAGAACCCGAGUCACGACUGAAUUCAGCGCGCACAAGCGCCUCAACUGCCUCGAGCGCAUCAAGUACAGCAUCGGAGACCUCUGCUUUGAUCACGAAAUGUCCGUCCGCACUCAAUGUCGAUCCCAGAUCCGGGGCCACUAUUCCUGCAUCGACUGCUGGUGCGCCUGCCAGCUGCACUCUUACGGGCUGCGCGCCGAGCAAGUGUGGACCGAGCGCCGGCGAGUCUCUCGGACCUGAACCCGAAGAGUCUGCAGCUCGGCAAGGGCCCUCCCAAAAGCCCAUGGUCUUGCCGCAGACGCAACAAACACCAUUGCUGCACUCGCAAUCCCAACUACCACAUCAGUUACAACAGCCGCCACAACAACCGCAGGACCUGACGCAAUUGGAGGCGUCACAAUCGAAGCAGGUCAAUCCUCCCCUCUGCGAGUGCUCUCCUGGUGAUAAGCUGCCUGAGGACGAAGGUGACUUGUUGAACACAACGCUAUGCGGCAUGGCCGAGGAGCUAAUUAACCAAUACAAUACCGGGGGCAUAGACGUGGAUGAAAUCCGUAAAAGGCUUUGGGCUGGGUUCAAAGCAGGUGCCAAAGGGGAUGGCUGCCGCGUGGAGAAUCAGAUUCUUUUCCAGGUUUUGGAUGAGAUCAGUAACGGCAUAUGA